AUGGCUCAAGAACUGGAUUCUACUGUCAAUUUCACCCUUGGUCACCACUUGAGGCGUCACUGGAGCCCAACUGGAUUGGAAGCUACACUCUCUGGACCAUCACCACACUCAAUUACACAACUCACCACCAUGACAACACUUCAACACUCAACACCAACAACAAAUUACAUCAUUCACACUACACACAUGCACGUUGCAGGACAACUACAUACUCACAUCAUUAUAGUACAGCUAGACUCACUCUCUCACUCUCAAAUCAACCCUUUAGACCCUUAUAAAACUGGCAAAAGGUUUUUCACAAACACUUUUGAGCUUUACACCGGCACCAAAGCACACUUUCAAGCUGUUGGAAAGUCCAAGCAACACAAAACUCCACUCCCUUCAGCUUCUCCUUAUUCGAAAAGCAAGGAAGUUAAAAGUUCAGCCUCCACGGACGAUUCCAACAAGAAGAUAUUCAUCAACACUGGUGCACUUGUGUUGCGUGAUGAGAAUUUCAAGAAGCUGGCAGCAAAGUACUCUCAUGACAUCGACAUCACUAAUCCGAACCUCUACUCACAGCUCAAGCAAGAACUCUGGGAUUUGUUUUCUUCGGAAUUGAUUCAAAAAUCAAUGAUUACUACCCCUCCUCCAGCUAGCCCACUCGAUCAAAUCACUUUAAGCCAUGGUGAAAGCCGCCUUCCCAAUCUCCGUACCUUACUCGCCUAUAUUUCAAACGCCAAGAAAAAACCCAUCCCUAUCGAUAUCAUUUAUGAAGAGCCUAGUGAAAUCAACACCGACAUUUCUACCCGGAUGUCAAGGUCUUCAAACACUCAGCUCUCUUCUCAAGCUACCUCACAGUCAACUAGCCACCGUUCACUUCAAGAUUCCACCUGCCAACCAGUCACUCGCCAACCAUCCACUCGCCAACUAGCAACUCGCCAGCCUGCCAACCACCAAACCUUGACCCAUGAAUCCGAGCAGUCAAUGAUCAAUCAUAACCUUUUCAGUACUGUCCGCCGAAACCCUGCUGGCCAUAGUCAAAAUUACGGUUUCAAUAAUGAUACAUGGGCCCAUGGUCCAAUUGCUGCUACAGUUCCACGUCGGGGUGUUGCCAGUCUUGAUACCCAGAUUGCACACCUAGGACAGCCAUUGGGCAGAUGUCUUAUAACCAUCAAUCCUGACGGAUGGAUUGUUGCACAGCGCCUGACGUUCAAGAACAAUGACUACAGCUCUAUACAACUUCGUUCAGCAAAUGCGCCUCCAUCGGAACUCAUUGCUACUAGUACUCCAAUUACCAUGUGUAUUGAUAAGAGCUCUCCCAUUGGCCGUGGAAGCAUGCGAGUUGCUUAUCCGGUUAAGAUCAAAACCAACAUUGAUGGCGAUGGGAACUUCAGUAUCACAAACUUUGUUGCAAAAGAGCGAUUCAUUGAUCCACACCCUUCAAUUUCCAAUCAUGCAACUGAUUCUUGGAUGUAUCAAGCUUGUGGGCUCCUUCUUCAAGAAUUCAAAAACGUUAUUUCAAUCAAUACGGAUCCAAAUCUAUCCCCUCAAAUACGCCAAAAAGCUGCUGCCUUCAAUAUGGUUCGUCACUGUGUUGUAGUGACUGGAAACAAAGACAUUCCAUCCGAAAUCUAUUUUAUAGAAGCGGUUCUUCGGGGACACUAUGUGAAAUACUCGAGUAAUGUCAACUUUGCCAUCACGAGGAACCAGACUGGGAUGGAUAUUGAAAAUUUGGAAAUUAUGAAUGCGUUCACUCAUUGGUCCUAUCAACGGUGCAACCAUUACGAGACACGUACUUGUAAUGGCCCGUAUUGUACUUUCAAAGUUUGCAAUUCCACGGAAUCAACAUCUGACAUUCAGCACUCCUACGGGUACUGCCAACAGGACCCCCAGGAGCCCCUCUUGAACCCCCAGGAGGCCGGAUCCCUGUUUUUUGUGUUAGGAUUGUUAUCGGGCCUUCGGAACCGGGCCGGGACCCUUGGAUUCCACUCGGAACGGUCGGGUAGGACCCCAGCCGGUCCCUACACCCCUUCAACGGCCUUGGGUCGGUCGUUGUCGGACGACCGUUCACUUGGAUUCUCCUGUGUGGCUGUCGGCCACUACCAUCAACAAUGGUGGUGGCCGACAGGCAAGAGGGAGGUAGCUAAAGCGAACCGAUUGCGAUCGGGUGGAUCGCUUGUCACCUGUGUGCCUGUCGGUCACUACCAUCAACUAGGCAAGAGGGAGGUAGCUAAAGCGAACCAAUUGCAAUCGGCUGGAUCGCUUGUCACCUGUGUGGUAGCUAAAGCGAACCGAUUGCGAUUGGCUGGACCGCUUGUCACCUGUGUGGUAGCUAAGCAAACCGAUUGCGAUCAGCUGGACCGCUUGUCACCUCCCCCUAGCCCCCCCGGGGCUCCAUCAAGCGCAAAACCCACCUACAGACCCCCAACACAAGAGCAACCCAAGAAACGCCCUAGAGCCCCCCAGGCCCGCUCUGAGUGCCCCAGUGACGCUCUAGAGUCCCCCAGACACGCGCCAAGCGCGCAGAAAACCCCUGAGGCACUACUACAGGCCCCAUACCUUCCAUCUCGUCAAUCUACCCGGGUUGUGACUCCUGUAAAAUCUCAUUCAAACUACAUUUGCCCCAAUGAUGAUGCUCGUCGAUCCCUUCAAAAACGAAAGCAAAAUGUUGGUCGGGCAAAUGUGGGACAAUCUUCGUCUCAGUUGCAGAGUCAGAACACCCCAAAAAGAAAGAAACACCAACAACUUUCAUGCUCAUCAACAUCCACUGAUGGUGUGCCAACCACCACCACAAAAUCUCGCAAGAGGACUUACAAAAAACGUCACCGUUCCCCCACCACUGACACUGAGGCCGAUGAGGGCAUCCGCUUCAUGGAUCUUGCUCAAGACUCCGACGAGGAAAACACAAAAAUAAAAAAAACACGAGGAAAGAAAGUGUGUAAUUUUGACAGCAUUGAGGAAUUCUUCAAUCCUCCACAAUAUGGAAAGGAUCAAACUACUGGAGUGAAGCUCUAUUACAGUUGCAAAUGGUGCACUGGGCUGUUCAAGAGUGGCGAGCAGAGCAAAUCAAACCUCACCAAGCACCGUGAUGGUGAUGCAAGUCGGAAUCCUUGCUCAGGAAGAACAGACGCCAUCAGAAACAGAGCUCAGUUACCAGUUACCUUCAAAGAACAAAACAUUGAAAAGCGGCAAGGACAGACCUUAGAAAAGUAUGUGGCCAGUGCUACUUUUGACAACCACGUUUUGAAUCAGAUCCUUGUCAUGUGGCUUGUACUCUCGGCACUCCCUUGGACCCGUAUUGAGGACAAACUGCUUUGGAUCUCCUUCAACUAUGCUUGA